GAACAUGGGAGCGGAUGAUGCGGAUUGGUGUGUUCGUGCUUCCCUGAUUUGUGAUUUAUUGCCAACUUUGUCGACCACAGCGAGGGAUCACCGACGAACACACAAAGUCACGAUACCGAAAAGAGAGAUUGGAUGCUUUUUGAAAGUGUUUUGUGGUCAAAAGACUGUAUUUCAAGGUACUACUCUACCUCGUCUGUUCAGUGCAACAUUACAUCCCUUUCCCCCGGCUGUUCCGGCGGUUUCAUCGUUGAGCAACGUUUCACUAUCUUCACACCACUCUUUAACAUUCCACGAGUACUCCCAUCGGCGAGAUUCAGGGUCAAACAAACCAAGUCCAAUUAGAUCUCAACACUCGGAAAGUUCAAGCAUGGCAACACCCCGGGUCUUCAUCAUUCGGCACGGUGAAACGGAAUGGUCACUCGACGGCCGUCACACGGGAUCGACCGACAUCCCGCUCACAGCAAAUGGCGAGAAGCGUGUCAAGGCAACGGGCAAAGCACUUAUAGGUGACGACCGCCUCAUUGUUCCCAAGAAGCUGGCUCAUGUAUACGUAUCUCCCCGAAAAAGAGCCCAGCGCACCUUUGAGCUUCUAAACCUCGGUUUCCAAGGCCCGCUGCCAUGGGCGCGUCACGGCGAGUGCGAGUCCAAGGCAGUUCCAUGCGAUGCCAAGGUUGAAGUCACUGAGGACAUCCGCGAGUGGGAUUACGGUGACUACGAGGGCAUCACUAGCCCGCAAAUCAGGGAGAAGAGGAAACAGCAAGGCCUCGAUCCCAACUGGGAUAUUUGGAGGGAUGGAUGUCCUGGAGGAGAGAGUCCCGCAGAUGUCAACGCGCGCUGUGACCGUCUCAUCAAGGACAUCAGGGAGAGGUUUCACACUCCCGCUCUGAACAAGCCCAAGGGAGAUCCUGAUGCGGAUCGUGCGGAUGUGUUGAUUGUUGCCCAUGGACACAUCCUUCGUGCUUUUGCGCAGCGAUGGACUGGGUUGUCUUUGCAUGAGGGACCUUCGUUUUUGCUGGAAGCCGGUGGUGUUGGUACUUUGAGCUAUGAGCAUCACAAUAUUGAUGAACCUGCUAUCCUUUUGGGUAGUGCUUUCCAUGUUGACUUUGAGGAUGACGAAAAGCUGGAUAAGCUAAAAAAAGUUUAAAAUCCCCUAGGUUUCGGGAAGGGGAGCGAGGGAUGAAUAUCGAGAUGUCGUUGGCAUAGAUGGCCAGGGCUAUGUCGCUGUGGGUAUAUAGAGGCUAUGUUCCGGUCCACCACCAUCAAUCAGCUACGGUGGAUGUCCACAUCCACAAGUCUUCCGUAGUAUACUUGGGGGUUAGCGAUGGCUUAGGUGGACCCUUUUGCCAACCCCCUCUCAUAAAAGAGGGGGAAAU